AUGACACGUGCUCUUACAUCUCUUCCUGAUGCACAUGCCCGUUGUGUGUCUCUGCAGUUCUUGGUUCGGAAGAAGCGAGCGGCUCUCGUGACGGUGGGGCACCGCAUUAAAGAUGAGCUGAUGCUGGUGGGAUUCAUCUCCAUUGUGCUGGCUCUCAUCGACCCGCUCAUAGUCCAAUGGUGCAUCACCAUCCCCCGCUCCACCAUCUUCAUCCCAUGCAAACCCCCAUCCUCCUCCUCUGCAUCUGCGCCGCCCGCCUCCAAGUCUGCACCGCCCGCUUCCGAGUCUGCACCAGCCGGCAAUACUGCACACCUUGGACUGUCUGAUGGGCGGCAGCUGCUAUCCGGGCGGCGCGGAUUCGAUGAUGGUUUCCACCAUGGUGGUUACCACCACAGUGGCUAUCAUGAGAUGAGCAGGAGGGUGUUGUCCAGCUCAGAGAACACAUGCCCAUCGGGUCAAGAGCCCUUCAUGUCGCCAUCGGGAGUGCACCAACUGCAUCUCUUCAUCUUCUUCCUCGCCCUGGGCCACAUCCUCUACUCGUGCAUCACCAUCAUAAUUGCCCACCGACGGGUGAUGCGCUGGAAAAGCUGGGAGGCGGAGGCACUCAAAAAGUCGCUUGAGAUGGAAACCGUGCCUGUUUCAGGCCAGCUGGCCCUCGCCCUUCAGGACUCUGCCUUUCAGCACCGCCACGGCACUUCUCUUACUUCUCUUGAUGCAUCCUCUCCCCUCAUCCUCGUACCCCCUCUCCUCCCUCCUUGCACGCACUCCAGCCAGCUGACCCUCGCCAUGCAGAACUCUGCCUUUCAGCACCGCCAAGGCAGCUGGCACCCCACAGCCUACGUUCAUAUGACUAAGGAAACACCGCCCUCCCCGGUUCUGGAUAAGACUGAAGGGGGGCGUGGGGGAGGAGGAAAAAAAGUUGGAGGAGCUUCUGCUGCUGCCAGUUAUGGUGGUGGUGGUGGUGGUGGUGGGGGGGGCAAUUCUUGCCCUUCCCCUGCGUCUGCUGCUGCUGCUACUGCUGCAGUGUAUGGUUCUGUUACCCGUUCUACUUCUUCCGUUUUUGCUGCUGCGUCUGCGGCAGGUCCUGCCGAGUCUGUUUCUGCGUCUGUCGAGUCCGCUGCUGCUGCAGCGGCAGGAGCACAGAAGGAGGGAUUGAUAAAGAAACGGGAGGUGCACUUCACUCCGAGCACCAAGGGGGCCAGCAGGAGCAAUAGAGAUGGUAGCAGCUGUGGUGAUUGUGAGGGUGGCGUUAGUAGUGAGGGUUAUGGUGGUGAGGAUGAAGAGAGUGAGGGUGAAGGGAGUGAGGGUAAUGAGAGUGAGGGUGAUGAAGGUGCAUUCGAGCUUGAUGAGUAUGAUGAGGUGGUUGCAUGGGCGGAUGGAAUGCUCUCCCGCUCUCCCUCUCUCCUGCUCCCUCACCACCCAACACCAAAAAACCACGACACAGCAGAUACUGGCAUCAAUCUCAUCAAUCAAACCCUAAACCCCAUUCUUGAUUGCUCCCCUGCUCGCACCAGAAAGCAGUGA